UCCAAUUUAGUAUCUUCCCUUUAUUAAUAGAAAAUUUCCUCAAGACCACACUGUGUGGAGGAUGUGGCAGAACCAGAGGAUGUCCCUGUCUUCUUCCAGUGCUCUUAAUACAAACUCUGCAACUGGCAAUCAAGAUGUCACCAGAGGGGAUUUUUCUGAUUGGCCAUAAACCUGACCUGGCAGGGGUUGGUUUGGGUGUCUUUAGAUUUCCUUGGCUCAGUCCUCACAGUUGCUCUACAACUCAGAACAGCAACUGCUGAGGCUGCCUUGGGAAGAGGAUGAUCCUAAACAAAGCUCUGAUGCUGGGGGCCCUUGUCCUGACCACCGUCCUGACCACCGUGAUGAGCCCCUGUGGAGGUGAAGACAUUGUGGCUGACCAUGUUGCCUCCUAUGGCGUGAACUUCUACCAGUCUUACGGUCCUUCUGGCCAGUACACCCAUGAAUUUGAUGGAGAUGAGGAGUUCUACGUGGACCUGGAGACAAAGGAGACUGUCUGGCGGUUGCCCGUGUUUAGCACAUUUAUAAGUUUUGACCCGCAGAGUGCACUGAGAAACAUGGCUGUGGGAAGACACACCUUGGAAUUCAUGAUUAAACAGUCCAAUUCCACUGCCGCUACCAAUGAGGUUCCUGAGGUCACAGUGUUUUCCAAGUCUCCCGUGGUGCUGGGUCAGCCCAACACCCUCAUCUGCCUUGUGGACAACAUCUUCCCUCCCGUGGUCAACAUCACAUGGCUGAGCAAUGGGCACUCAGUCACAGAUGGUGUUUCUGAGACCAGCUUCCUCUCCAAGAGUGAUCAUUCCUUCUUCAAGAUCAGUUACCUCACCUUCCUCCCUUCUGCUGAUGAGAUUUUUGACUGCGAGGUGGAGCACUGGGGCCUGGACGAGCCUCUUCUGAAACACUGGGAGCCUGAGAUUCCAGCCCCUCUGUCAGAGCUCACAGAGACUGUGGUCUGCACCCUGGGGUUGUCUGUGGGCCUCAUGGGCAUUGUGGUGGGCACUGUCUUCAUCAUCAAAGGCCUGUGUUCUGUUGAUGCUUCCAGACACCAAGGGCCCUUGUGAAUCCCAUCCUGGAAGGGAAGGUGUGUCGCCAUCUGCAGGAGCAGAAGAGUGGACGUGCUACAUGACAUAGCACUAUCUUCUAGCCUGAUAUAUCAUAUCCCUUUUCUCCUCCGAAUGUUGCUCCUCUCACCUGUACUUAAGGUACUCUGGUACUUAAGGUGCUAUAUUCCCUCAGAGCUCACAAAUGCCUUUCAGUUCUUUCUCUGACCUCCUGAAUUUUUUUCUUUUCUCAAAUGUUACCUGCUAAGGGAUGCUUGGGUAAGCCACUCAGCUACCUUAAUCCUCAGUGACCUUUAUCUAAAAUUUCCAUAAAAGCAAUAAAUUCUCUUUUCUGGGGCCUCUUUUGAAUUUUUCCCAUCUUUCAUCUUAGGGCUGACUGGGAGCAUAACCAAGAAUGGGAGACUCUUAUGUUUCAGAUCAAUUUAAUUUAAUUUCCCAGAUCACAUUUUGAGCCCAGUAACACAGGAGCAACCAAGUACAAUGUCUCCUGAUCAUUUGUUGAUCUCAUAGCUGGGGUUAAUAUUUCCUUCUUCCCUUUGUUCCUACCCUUGGCCACUGCCACCCACCCCUCAAUUCAGGUACUGAUGAGGAAGGUAAUAGAUACCCUCUGCUCUUGGCUCAGAAUGGUUAUAGCAGAAAUACAAA